AUGGAGCCGGUGGCCAAGACGAGGAAGCGAUUUCCCUGCCUUCAUUGUAACGAAGUUUGCUCUUCCAAUUACAACCUUGACCGUCAUAUCGCUCGACGACAUCCGGAUCGACUGCCUGAGGUGAUACGAAAGAAAAGAAAAGCCUCCAAUGUCCCACUAAGUUUUGUCCUACCCCAAUCAAUCGGAGCUCUCCAGCCGACGGCCAGCGAUAAUAUUGAUGGGUUUGAUGGUAAGCACAUUUGCUUUACAGUGUCUUCUUCACUUUUAGGUAUCAAAAUAUCCAGGAAGUUUAGAAAGAAAAAAGUUAUGGCCAUUUUUUCCAACCUCCUCUGCAGUUUGAUGGAUAAGAUAAUAUUUUGGUCUGUAUUUCAGACACGAUUGAACUAACGUUCGAGCCGGCCAUGCCAAAGCCUCGAAGGCAUAUUUGCAGUGUUUGUGAGCAAGCGUUCGGUAGUAAGUUCAAUUUGGAGAGGCACAAAAGACGUCGUCAUAACCAUGACCCUCAAGAAAGUCAAGCCGCCGAUCACUUUGACCAACAGCUGGGAAUCGCUGAGAACUCGCCAUUUGAGAUUCAAUCAACGUCUCAAGGGGCUUUUCAACGUGAGUCGACCUUGUUUUAGAUAUUUCUUUUUGGAUUUUUAGAAAAAAACUGAUUUUUUUCGAUUUUUGGUAAAAUUGGAUAUAAAAUGAAGAGAAAAAAUAAAUUUAUCGUAUUUGACCAGUUGAUUGACCAUUUGACUGCAAUUUUUGCCUAAUUUUACAUCAAUUUUCUUUCAGAUUUACCUCCUAAGAAGCGAUUCCAAUGUUCGUAUUGCUCCGAAUUUUGUGUGACCCGUUUUAAUCUCAACCGACAUAUUGAUCGCAUCCACCCGGACAAAAGUCAUGAUAAUACGGAUCGGGAACGACGCAGUAUGUUCUGUUAUCUUUGCUCGUUCUUCUGCUAUCGUCUGGCGCAGUUGAGCAAACAUGUGGAAGUUGUGCAUAAUAUACGAAUGGACCCGGUGGUGGGCAGAGUCGUUGGCGUUGAUCAAUUUCAAGUGAGUUUUGGAGGUUUUGGGAGAUAAUGACAUUAAAAUUUUUUGGAUUCAAUCUUUUUUGCGAUUUUUUGAAAAUGAGAGAAACACUUGACUCAAAAUUUUCUUGUUGAGACAAGUGUUUCCCUCGAUGCAUUGAUUGGAAAAGAUAGUUUCAUUAGCGAAAAAUAUCACUGGUUAGAAGGGAAGAGUUGACUCAAAUUAUCAGUUUUGGGUCAAGUGUUUCUCUCACUCGAUUUAUGCGGAAAGCAAGUCAAUUUUUUCAAAAAUUAGCUUUAUUGGGUUGUAUGUGGUCUGUAGUAAAAACUAAUAUCAAAAAUUUUCAUUUUUUAGAAAUAAUUUAUAUAACUUUAGGCACUAGUAACAAAUCUCCGCGCCCGCUUCGCCGGCACUCUCCAGCGUCGCCCGAAAGAAGAGAACGGCGAGGACGAACACUGGACCUUCAAAUGCAACCAUUCCACGCCCAUAAACGAUCAAGAUGAGACGAAAAUGCCCCGAAAAUCGCCUUGCACCUUCUACCUGCACAUAAAAAGGUCCGGCGAAAACUACGAUAUCACCGGCUGUGGCACCCAUUUCGGUCAUGAAGUCCUUCCCCACGAAUUUCCGGACAGUCUGCUGCAGGAUGACCAGUACUAUGACGAUCAACAGAUUGGGCAUUUGGGGCAUGUCACGUAUUUGCACGAACAAAGUGGAGAGAGCAAUUUCAAUGUGAUGGAGCUGGUAAAUAGCAUGGUGAAUGGAUACGAAGAGGAUCAAGCUGAUGGGGUAAGGGCUUGAAAAUUGUUGUGGAAUGGGUUUUUUGGGGAUUAUGCCCUCAGGGAAUAUAGAUUUUUGAAAACGAAAUUUUUUGGGGUGACCAAUAAAAACCGGCUGAAUCUGAUGAGAUAAUCUAAAUCUAACUAGAAAAAUUUGGUUGGAAAUUUUUAACGGGUCUUUGAGGAUGAUUUAGCGAUCUUUUUAGUUGAUGGACCAGUGUUUCUUGUCGAUGAAAAAGCCGAUUUUUGAAAUUUACAUCAAAAUUUAUGGGGUAACCGGAAAAAAUGCAUUUUGCCUGGGGCGAUGUAAAUAUUUCUUUGUAAAAUUGCCUUUUUUGAAAAUUUUAGAGCCUCUACUGUCUAUCAGUAUCAAUUUGAAUCUAGUUGAACUUUUUUCAUCAAUGAAAUUUGAGAAUUUUUGAGAACCAUUUUCAGAUGAGUGACGAAACCGGAAUACUCCUCAAAAAAGCGGUCCAUCACUAUCAACCAUCCCUCGGAAAUCGACUUUCCAGCUCCGACGACGGUCAGGAUGGCCAGUUCGUGAUAGCGGAGCCGAAUUUUUUGAUGAAAACGGAAGGGAAUCUACCGUUUCCGCAGCAAGUUCUGGAGGAGUCGGAUGGAGAAGCAGCGGCGGAUAAUUCGUGGAGUGGCUUUGAAGGUAGGCGUUGAAAAUACGAUGUUUGGUCUUUGAAUACUUCUAAAUUGUCUUGGACAAGUUUUUUUUGGUUUUCAAGUUUUCGUGGUGAGACCUAAAAUUUUAGUCGGGUCCCACAACGAAAGUUUUGAUGGUGUGAAUUUGUCCCGGGACAGCUUAAAUAUGGCCAAAAUGGCUAUGGUUUUCGAUUCAUGCAUUUUUGGCUAUUUUUUCAAAGCUUUUUUGGGUCCCACCACGAAAACCCUGAAGAUCAGGCUAAAAUAGUGUCAUGGUGUCUCAAAAUGACUUUGCUACAAUUCUAUGCUUACUGUCUAUCCAUACGAGCUUCCAUUCUGCAAAUUUUUACAAUUUAUUGCAUGGAUUUCGGUCCCACCACGAAAACCCUGAACAUCAGGGAAAGUGCCUAAAACAAUGUCAUAUUGCCUCAAAAUGACUUUGCUACAAUUCUAUGCUUUCUGUCUAUCCAUACGAGCUUCCAUUCUGCAAUUUUUAAUAAUAUUAUUGCAUAGAUUUGAGUCCCACCACGAAAACCCUGAAGAUCAGGGCAAUCAUCUAAAACAAUGUCCUGCCGACCCCAAAUGUCUCCUAAUGUUAUUAUGAUCACUCCUCUUCCGUUUUUUAUCGGUCGUCGGAUCUCUUCCACCACUUUUUUUGCUUAGAAAUCUGUUUAUGUCAGCAAAGAACAUCCAAAACUCAGUGCUCCGGCACGAGAAAGACUUUGUAUUUUGUAGUGGGCAGGUGAUAAAAUGUCAUUGAUCGGAGUCGAUGUGAGUGUGGGGUUGCAUCCAGACGGACUUUGAACAUAAAAAGUUUCAUUUUUAUUAAAUUUUGGAUCAAGUUUUUGAGAUUUUUUUGGUGAAAAAAAUUAGUUGUUUUGAGGUCCUUGGAUACUUUUUGAUAGCAUUUUGGAGGGUUUUGGGGGUGAAAUAUGCAAACGUAUGGUUUUUUUGAUGUAAAAUGUGGGUUGUAGUAUAUUACUUUAGGUAAAAAAUGACUAAUUUUGGCUGUUUUUGAAGUUGUUUGCUUCCAAAACAUAUCUGAAACGUAGUCCUGCACACCUUUCUUGUUAUAUUUUAUAUUGAUACUAGAAAGUCCAUCCAUAACUACGUUUCUUAUAGCCUUCUGGCUUGGGUUUUUGUGUUUUGCUGAUAAAAAAAUUGGAUAAACUCUCCAUAAGUUGUGUUCAUAUGAGAGUAUAGAUGGUGUGGUUUGUAUAUACAUUUGAAAUUUUACCAAUAACAUAAAGUUAUGACCUUGUUUUGACUAAAAAUGGGGAUUUUUUAUGUUAUUCUAGUUUGUAGUGGUAAGUUGGAGCGACUACAGCACGCCUUUUUGGAAUUUGUGAUCGCAGAGUUCUAGUCGGUUUAAAUAGGGGUUAAUUCAGCAAUUUAAAUGAAGUUUUCUACCUUAAUUUGCUCUUAUAUUGUACUUGACAUCUAAGUGGAAUGAGAGAGAUAAAGCGUCGCCGGUUCCUUCAGUAUGGCUUCCCACUACUUUCUAUAGGUAAGCACAAGAUCUUAGCUUCAAUUUAAGAUCAAGAUUGUCAAAAUUCGGCGCGAUAUAAAAGGUUUUUUAUAUUAUACUAGACAUUGGACCCAAUUUUUUCGGAAAAUCCCCAAAUCCCCCCAUAAAAUCUCCUCGUCUCAUCGUGAAUUCGAGUAUAAAUGAAAUUCAGGACAUAAAGAGUCUAUCAAAGUUUCAGAAUACGGCUUGAAAUUCGAUUACAUUACUUUAUAUUCACUACGGAGUCUAAAAAAAAUCGAAUUCGGUAGAGUCGGAAGAUUAAAUCACCAACCGAAUUAGCGCUGUGUUUGGAGAGUGCAAAGAGCGGGCUUUAUAAACUGACGUUCCAAGCAAAGUCCAACUUCAAAACGCAGACGAAACGCCGAAAGACUCGGAUUUGAAGAGAAAUUCGAUUUUUUCUUCAAAAAAGACAUAUUUUUUCAGCUUACUCUGGCAACAUCGUAUUUUAAAAUUAUUGUCUUGUCUGUUUUUAUCAUUUGCCGUCUUUUCUUGGCCAAUUUGGACCAAUAUUGUCCUUAUUUUUGCUAAUUUAGAGAAAUUUUCUCUGAUUCUCUCUGUUUUCCGUUGUAUUUCGCCGCCGUCUCUCUAUUUUGCACGCUCUUUUCCCAUCCCUUUGACCGCUCUCCUCUUUUUUCGCGCUCUUUCGUCAGUGUGUACCCACCCUCUUUGUUGAGCGCAAUAUUUCGUCUUUCCCGGGCCGUCUCCAGCAUUUGCCACGUUCUCUUCGCCUCGCAACGGCGUUUUCUCGUAAAAUUCCAAAUUUUGUCGAUUUCCGACGCAAGUGCUGAGCGUAGUAUUGACUCCAGUGCAUGUCCAUAGCGUUUUCGUCUUUCCCAUACCUUCCGCGCUCCCGCUUUCCGCAAUUGUUUCAGUUUUUGUUGUAUGAACCGUCUUUCUUAUCUUACACUAGGCCGGAUGUGGUCCAAACCGCACAAAAUGAAUGGCUUUUGCAUUUCAGAGGGUCGAAUGGCAUCCUCUCGGGCCAGUCCAGACUAUGUACACAAACUCCAGCAUCUCGACAAGGUGGAGGGCGAUGUUUUUCGGUAAGAGUUUACAAUUUUUGUUGUUCUUCGAUUUUUAGGUACUAAAUGAAGUGGAAAUGAUGUUGUCAGGCAUGUAAUAGAAGUUUACUGGCUUGUUGUUUCUUUUACGCACAAAAAAUGCACUAAUUAAGCUAUUUUUUGUUGAGUUCUUGCUGCAGACAUCUGCUUUUGCCAUGGAUAAUAUAAUUUUUGCUCGGAACGUUGUUUUUUGAAUUCUUUCAGAAAUAAUGGACAAAGACAAAGUCUGUAGGGUCUGAAAUAGCGUUUUCUUUUACUCUGCAGAGGAGCAGGAUAAUUACAUUAUCCAUUACAUGGAUAAUGGAAUUCCUUCAAAAUUACUGGGGAAAUGGAGAAGUAUAUGUGCUAAAUUGGACGCGUAUGGCAUAUUUAGGCUAUUAUAAGUGAAACGGGAGGUUUUUACGACAAACAUUAUAUUAUCCAUGUCAGCUUGACAUGUUUUACGCAAAUUUUUAAUGUUUUCUCGCUGUUUAUGGUUAUAAGCGGCAAACAGGAUAAAGAUUAUGUGCUUUUAAAAGUUCGGGCAACUUUUUUCACUGAUUUAUCCUAUAAAUUCUCUAUUUUCAGAUCAAACUUCCUGAUCAGUCCGACUGGCCGGGGUGAUAACGCCUACGGGGGUUUGUUGUUUGCUCAAUCCCUUCAGGCUGCUGUGCAGACUGUGGACACCGAAAAAUUCUCGCCCCAUGCCAUCCAUUCCUUCUUUAUUUUGAAUGUUUCCGUCAAGAAGCCUGUCGAUUAUAAGAUCAGCCGAGUGCGCGACGGCCGAAGUUAUUGCACUCGAUCGGUUCAGGCCGAACAAGAUGGAAAAACAGUAUUUAUUAGCCAAGCGUCUUUCUGCUCGGUGAGUAUUUGAAUUUUUUGUUUUGAUUUUUAGGUCGAUGUCAUGGAUAAUAUCGAAAUGCUGAAAUAAAAGGAAAUAUUUUGAAAAAUGGAGUAUUUCAGAAGGAACCAACCUCCAUAGAGCAUCAAACCGCCAUGCCGAAAGUUCCAAUGCCCGAGGAAUUGGUCGACAACAUCGACUUUUGCCGCGAACACCUGGCAAAACAUCGAGCAGGCGAGAUUCAACUCCCCAAAAUGAUCGAAAUGGACAUGUCCCAUCGGGUCGAUGGCGCUGAAGACGAUGUGUUCGAAUUCCGCGCCUGCAACCCCACAAAAUACUUUGCUCUUGACAAGUUUGGAGUUGAACCUUUGUGUGUAUGGUUGAGAUGCGCCGUUCCGUUGGAUAAUUGCAAGGAUCUGCAUCGAUUUUUGGUCGCAUACAUCACAGAUGCGACCCUUGUCAAUGUAGCGAAUAAGCCGCAUGUGAGCAAUGGUUAUGUCCCGUCUAUGUUGUUCUCUUUGGAUCAUACUGUUAGGUUCCAUGAAGAUGAUUUCCGAGCCGAUGAAUGGUUGUUGUACGAGAAUUGGAGCCCAUGGUCGAGUAAGUUGUUUUACAUUGGAGCUUUUUUUUUGGAUUUUAGGCAAGAAGAAGACGAGGAAUAGAGAAAUGGGAAGGAUAAUACAGGGUGGGGCAUCUUUGUGGCCCGAUUUGAAUUGACUAUAACUUCUUUAGUUUUUGGCCAAAUUUUAAAAUUCUUUUUUUCCCUGAAUCGUCAGCCAACCCCAUUUUGUUUGAUACCAAAUAUGUUACACAUAGGUGAGUGUCAUCUACAGUUAUUGGAUUUAUUCUUGGAGUUCAUUUUUUGGUCGUUUUUCGGUUGUUUUUUCGGCCUUUCCCGGUGUGUCCGAAAAUGGAGUCCGGUGUGGAAGAAAAGGCUUGGUCUGUGGUUUGGUAGAGCAAGUACGGUUCGGCGCUAAAUUUUCAAAUGGGGAUAACGCAUGAAAUACGGACGCAAUGCCUAACCUCCAGAUCGCAAGACAAUUCGACGUUCGUGGAAUAAGUUCCUUGAGACUGGCAGCGUUAACAGGAAACAAAAAAAGCAGGAAAGAUGAGUACGAACGGAGCUGAAAAUUUAAGAAGUUUUGUCAAAAUUCCGAGAAAAUCCGCAUAUGAAUACACGAAGUUUGGCCAGAACCGAGGGAAUGCCUUCAGCAAGGACCAUUCGACGAACUCUGGAGGUUGAUCUUCACUUUUUGUUCUUAUUGUCAUCGUCGAUUUUCGGGAGGGGAAAUUCCACCGUAUUUUUCUUCCGGACCGUACUCCAUUUCUGGACACACCGGGAAAGACCGAAAAAACAACCGAAAAACGACCGAAAAAAUGAACUCCAAGAAUAAAUCCAAUAACUGUAGAUAUACACUUACUAUGUAUAACAUAUUUGGUAUGAAACAAAAUGGGGUUGGCUGACGAUUCAGGGAAAAAAAGAAUUUUAAAAUUUGGCCAAAAACUAAAGAAGUUAUAGCCAAUUCAAAUCGGGCCACGAAGAUGCCCCACCCUGUAUAAAAUUUUCCCAAAAAUGUCAUGGAUAAUAUAAAAAAUGAAUGAUUUUAACUAUAAUCUGGGGCAAGGGAUAGCGAUGGUGGUAUCUAAAGAUAGCUAAAGGAAUGUUGAGUAUUUAGAACAGAGAACUUUAGGUUGAGAGGGCUGGAAUUGGCAGAUUUUGGAGCUUCCAUCUAAUGGGCAUAGAAAAUAUAAAAAAUGAUUCUUUUUUGAUCAGAAUAGAGUCGUAAUAGGUAGAUGGUUAUAUAUAGAGAUAGCUGAGGAAUUAUUGAGUAGGGUAGACUAAGAAUUUUUUGGUUGAGAGGUUAAAAUUGAGGAAAUUUUGAGGUAUUUAUCUGAUAGACAUGGAUAAUAUAAUAAAACCCUGUUUUUCAAUUCCAUUUCGGGUAAAUGAAUAAAUAAUAGACUGUAUUGACAGGAGUCAUGUUUUGAGACUAUUUUAAAGCUACGAAUUUUAUUUGAGGCAUAGGAUUUUUGAAUAUUUUUAAAAAAUCAAAAAAUCCAAGAUUUUCAUGACUUUUCCCCAAAUUUUGAACUUUGUGUGUCCACAAAAAGAUCAUUGCAUCUUACCAAUUGCAGAGAAUGGUCGUGCGUUCUCCGAAGGCCGUCUCUGGACCCGCGAUGGCCGUCUGAUCCUCUCCGCAAGCCAAGAAUCUCUGAGCCGAACCCGCGGCGAAAAAUCGACGCUCUAA